AUGACGUUGCCGUCACUCUCGUCCACGUCUUUCAACACGGCUUUGAGUCGCUCUUCGAAUUCACCUCGGAAUUUGGCCCCAGCUACGAGUGCUGCCAGGUCCAGAGCGACCACUUUCUUGUCUUUCAAGCUGUCAGGCACCUCACCGAGUGCAAUACGCUGUGCCAGGCCCUCGGCCACUGCGGUCUUGCCAACACCAGGCUCUCCGAUCAGAAUUGGAUUGUUCUUGGUACGACGCGACAGGAUCUGCGUGGCGCGGCGGAUAGAGUCUUCUCGGCCAAUCACAGGGUCCAGAUUUCCAGCUUUGGCGACCUCCGUAAGAUCGCGCCCGUAUUUCUUGAGACUUUUGCCCUGCGGAACGUUCUGCGGGUUGAUCCACGUCUGCGGCUGGCCCAUGGACGCCAAGCCACGACGGGCUAAGUAG